AUGACCAAACUAGGCGCACAGCCCGGCGUUCACGGGAGUGAGGACGUUGAGAAGGAGUCUAUCAAGAUCGAUCCAAAAGUGUUCACAGUCCUCCAGCCCACAGUGAUCCCAAUGCCGGCUCCACCAAUGAAGCCUGCUCCAUCGCCAGCUUUCCAGGCGAUGAGAGCAUGCUUCCAUUGCAUGUUCUUUGCCACGUGUCUUUUGCUGGUGACACUCAUCGGUUUCUACUUCCUCGCCGCUACUCCUGAUCUCUUCAAGAAAACCGAAACAUCCGUGAACAAGCCACAAAUGGAGGCACUUCUAGCUCAACCAAUUGAUGGAUCAUCUGAAAAGACUAUAAACUCUGCGGAAAAUCCAGGAAUGAUGGCAAUUCCCUUGGCUCGGGUAGUUGUAGUGGAGGAUAUUUCGAAUAAUGAAGGUCAAAAGAAGACAACUGUUGAUGGAUCAGUUGAGGAGAAGUCCUCUACCAAUUUGGAUCGCCCACUUCAUCCAGAUGAGAUUGAGCAAUACCGAAUGAUGGAGGCCCGCCAACAAUUCCAACAAAUAAUGGAGGAACGUAUGUACAUGCAACAAAUGAUGGCAAUGCGAAUGAUGAGAAUGAGAAGACUUCAAGCCGCCUACUACCAACAACAACAAAUGAAGAUGGCCUACAUGCAACAACAACAGCAACAGAUGCAGGAAGAGGCCGCCCGUCAGCAAUGGGCCGAGAGAUCCCGCUAUGAAGAGGAACAACGUCGUCAGUACGAGGCUCAACAGACCUAUGCUCAACAGCAGCGUGCUCAAGCUUUCUGGCAACAACAUCAGUUGGAGAUGCAGGCUCAGACUCAGCAGGCUCAGGCCCAGGCCCAAUGGCAACAGCAGGAGCAACAGCCACAGGAGCAGCAGAGACAGAGAUUCUGGCCAAGACCAAUGAUGCAUCAGCAACAAUGGGAGAGACCAACUGUCUGGCAGCAACCACCCCAACAAUUCUUCUUCCCAUCCCAACAACAACAGCAGCAUCAGCAGCAACCACAACAGACCCAACAACCUGAGGACCGUUUCCCACAGGCUCCACAAUUCUUCCAACCAAUCCCACAACCAUCAGUUCACGAUAAGAUCUACGAGGAACUUCAGAAGAAGUCGCAGAACAUUCCAGUCAACGCACCAACUCGUCAAAUCUGGACAGCAAUCACUCCAACUCCAGCUCCAGAAGCUGCAUCUGGAACUGCUGACGUCACAGCUUCACCCAUCAACACUGCAUUCCCAGCAGUUGUCACGAGCAGCACACCAAUGCCAGAGGAUGCCGCUGAGGUUUCUGAUACUAUUCUCAGAGAUAUCUUCUCAGCUUUCGAUGAGCAAAAGAAUUCAGAGGCGGCCAACAAAGAGCUCAACUCAGCCACCCCAUCAACCACCGAAGAGCCAGAACUCGAAGGAAAGGGAGCAAUUGUGAUUGAGGACAGCUUCCCAAGAAUCGAAGAACGCACCACAACACCUGAACCAAUGGAAUCUGAAGAAGAUGCUGAACAUACAUCAUCUGAAGAUAAUCAUGAGAAGGAGUUGGAUCCAUUCGCAGCUGUUCUCAAAUUCUUCGAGAACAAUCCACCACGUGAGGCUCUCGAGGCAGCAGGGGCUGAGACAGCAGCAACCACUCAGAAACCAUUGAAACCACUGAUUGUUUGAGAAUUUUAAUUUUGAGCUGAGCUAAAAAAAAAUAAUUUUCGAAUGUAAUAAUUGUUAUACAAUUCGUCCUCCCCCGAUUAUUUUCCAUCAUCAUCAUCAUCCCAUCUUUUACGCGUGCAGGUUUGUAAAUAAAAUUAUUCGCUGU